AGGAUCUAGUAGGAACUAAACAAGCUGUCAAGUCUUGAACACAGCAGGACAGGCGCGAUUGACGGAAAGACAAGGUUGAGGUUGCACUAGUUUUUUUUUAAAUUAUUAUUCCUGCGUUAUUUAUUGUUGCCGAUACCUGGACCACAAUGCGUCUUAUCCAGAACAUGUGCACUAUCACGGAAUACCCACCGGGCACCAGCGCGGACUGUGCUGGGAGCAGCACGGUGCCCCCAGGCAGUAGGGUCAUCAAGAUAGCGGUGGUUGGAAGCAGUGGAGUUGGCAAAACAGCUUUGGUGGUUAGGUUUCUCACCAAGCGAUUUAUUGGGGACUAUGAACGUAAUGCAGGAAAUCUGUACAGCAGACAAGUGCAGAUAGAUGGAAUGAAUCUUGCCAUUCAAGUGCAGGAUACACCUGGCGUACAGAUAAAUGAGCAGAGUCUGGAGUGUAAUGAACAGCUAAAUAGAUCUAUCAGAUGGGCAGAUGCUGUUGUAAUAGUGUUCUCCAUCACUGAUUGCAAGAGCUAUGAACUGAUAAGUCACCUGCAUCAGCAUGUGAGACAUCUCCAUCCUGAUAACAGAAUACCCAUUGUUAUUGUUGCCAACAAAGCAGACCUUCUUCACCUAAAACAGAUAGAACCUCAGCAUGGUCUCCAGCUUGCCAAUAUGCUGGGUUGCACCUUCUAUGAAGUUAGUGUAAGUGAGAACUAUAUUGAUGUCUACAAUGCAUUCCAGGUACUAUGUAAAGAGAUUAGCAAACAUCAGUCCACAGGAACACCAGAAAAGAGGAAAAAUUCCAUCAUUCCACGACCAAAGUCACCAAACAUGCAGGAUUUAAAAAGACGAUUUAAGCAGGUACUGUCUGCCAAAGUGAGGACUGCCACGUCUGUCUGAAAGGUGACUCCAUGAGGUGUUUAUUUGUUUUUCCCCAAAAAAAGAGCUCAUGAAAUUGCUGGGAUAUGGAAUGUUAAACUUUGGCAUUACUGAGUUAGAGGAAGUACAGCAAUGAGCAGAAGAAACAUGAUGUCUGCGUGAAGCAGCAGUAGUGUUGGUGGUUGAAGAGGCAAAUAUGGAAGAAAGUUGAGAAACAUAUUAAAUACAGUGACUUGAAAGAGGUUGCAAUAUAGUAUAAGUGCCACACAGUGGGAUGCCUUGAAAGUUUUCUUGAUAUUAUGUUGCAUGGGUGAAAGUUUGGAGACAAUUUUGAGAAGAAAAAAAAAACAUUCCCAUGCUUGGUUUUCAUUUUCACUGUGUAAAUUCUAUACAGUUCUUACAAGUGUUUUACUUUACAUUUACCUUGCAAAUGGACAGUUAUUAUGUUUUUUACUAUAUGAGCACAGACUGUUAAUAGUGAGAAUUUGGGACUUGAGAGACAAAAGUUUGGGUUAUAUCAUGCCCACUAUUUCGUGGCUGCACUGAUGCAAGCGUGGUCUUUCACAGCUCAGUAAAUUUGUUCAUGUGGGUUUGCAUUAAUGUGCUUAAUAGUCUUGUUGUGGCCAACCUGGGUAAUGUCUCCACUAUUUCUUCCUAGAGGCAUUAAAUAGUUAGCGUGGUUGCAGAUCACAAUUUAUCUGAAAAAUAAACCAUUAUUUGAUAGGCAAAUACCACCAAUUCUUAUGCUUAGCCUCAUUUUUGAAUCUCAAAUGGCUAAGUGUUGUUUGACUUGCACUUUAAAAGCCAAAUGUGCUUUUGCUUUGUAAACUGUAAUUUAUUUAUUUUUAUGUACAAUAAAGCUCCAGAUGGAGAUGACUUUUUAACAAA